AUGGCGGACUUGUUACGGGAUCAUAAUAACCCCAAUGGUCCGCUACCAUUCGAACCAAGCAAAAUCAAAAGCAUGGGUUUCGCUUCGUCCAGCAACGACAUUCCAUCCAUUUAUUUCUCCGGGAGCGAGACAAAGCAACUGGCAGAUAAUCUCGGAUACGCUAUCGUGGGGAAGUUUUCCCACUCUAUCCCGGCGACAUAUCAAAUCCAAAAGUCACUCGAUAAUAUGAGGUUUGCGAGAGGAUUUUCAUGGAAGUAUAUCAAUGCCAAGCACAUCCUCAUCCAACUCGAGGACCUAGCGAACUACGCAAAACUUCUUAACGAACCGAAAGACAUGCCAGUGUGGUUCGUGGAUAGGCAUCCGAUGAGGGUCUUCAAGUGGUCGCCAGAAUUCGAUGUGUUUUGCGAGUCUCCAGUUGCGGCGAUAUGGUGUAACUUAAUCGGCUUGCCGAUCCACCUUUUCGAUCACUCCGCACUCUUUGCUAUCGGAAAACUCCUAGGGAAUCCCAUUCAAAUUGAUAGGGCCACGGCUAACAAAACAAGGCUUUCAUUUGCACGCAUAUGCCUCGAAAUUGAUAUCACCAAACCGGCGCCAGAGGAAAUAAUUCUUGAUAUUUGUGGGAGGGAGUCAAUCCAACGAGUCAAAUGGGACAAGAUCCCCUCUUUUUGCUCCGAAUGUAAACAUGUGGGGCAUGCAACCGAGACGUGCUAUGCUUUUGGGAAAAAGGAAAGACCGCCUAGGAGAAACUUUGAUAAUAACACGGCAAGGGGAAAGGGUUACAACGACCAAAGUGAGAAAGGUAACGCUGCGCAAAAACAAGGCAAAAGGGUGAUCUAUGAAUGGCAUAGGGCGGAAAAGGAGGGUAAACACAAUUCCAAUCACGAUAGAGACGAGGGAACAGAUUUGGGUGUCCUUGGAGCGUACCAUGACCCGCAAUCAAACAACCUGGACAUCAUCGGGCCACCGCGAAAUGAAGAGGAGUGGGAACAUAGCAAGAGAGGGGGGAGAAAACAGGGAAGGAAAACAUGGGGACCGUCGGGAAUCAACACGUCGAACAACAAUGCAGAUGGGGCCCAGCCCUCGCACUCGAUGUCGAGCCGUAAUAAAAGGGGCGGGACAACAUCCCAAGUCAAAAAAAGGCCCACAUUCCGUCGGUUUCCAAGGAAAGGGGAACAAUCGGAUUGA